AUGGACGAGCAAUUCAAUGCACCCAGCGCAGAGUUCGCCUUGGAGUCUUCGGAUGGCGUCUGCUUUGCAGUUCACAAGCUCAUGCUUGAGCUCGCGUCGCAUGUCUUCCGCGACAUGUUGUCUUUCCCCCAACCCGCCACAGCCGGAUCGCCAUCGCGUCCUGUUAUCUCCAUGAGCGAAGAUGCACAAUCGUUACGCAUCCUCUUGCGCUUCUGCUAUCCUCGCACAUUCUGUCCUGAACCGGCGCUGGUCGGGCUCGACGACAUCAAGCGCGCAGCGACGCUCGCGCAGAAAUAUGCCAUCGAGCUGAUGCGCGACGCGGCCGAGCGGGCGCUCAUCAGCUUCGCGGAAGACCCCCGGGUUCAGCAACCUGAUGUUGCAUAUGCUGUAGCCUGGCGGUACGAGUAUCCGGACGCACUGCGUGCGGCGGCGCGGCGUUCGUUGGAGCCAUUCUCCGUUUCACUACAUGCUCCCGAGUUCGAGGACGUCCCCGCCACAUCGUCCAUAGCGCUUCGUCAUUACCAAAGACAGGCCGGGCGCGUACUCCAAAGUCUGCUUGAUGCUCCAGCAGAUAAGGCAUACCCCGUCACAUGGAUACAACAUAAUCUAUUUGCUGUCAUGGACUCGGCGAACGUCCGCGACAAUGUGAGAUGCUCGUGCGAGCAAAAGAAGAUCUGGUUCUUAUCGUUUGGCCUUGUUCAAGUUAUGCAGAGGAUACGCUCGUGGUGGUGGUUCUUUGUGCAUAGCGUCGUAUCGAGUUUAAAGCACAACCCCACGAGGUAUUCCCUCGACGACGCCUUCUCUCUGCAGUUCGAGGCGCUCUUUUCACCGCGCCCACCGACUAAUAUCUGCCCGCAAUGCACAAAAGAUGUGCGAAACAUGGAGAGGGUACUUGAAGAGACCAAACGCUGUCUUCGGGUGGAGAUCGAACGACGGUUUGCCCAGAUACCACUGGAGGCGCCGUUCAUGAAAGCAAUAGGGAAAACCUAG